UCACUCUCUCGAGAUGGAGUUUCUUUACGGCAAUCCCUUCAGCACCCAAGUCGGGCAGCGGGUUGUUGAAUAGUAAACUGGCCCAAAGUCCUUCAGAGGAAUGGUAUGAAGCAAAUCUUAACAUUGAGCCUCAUUAAAAGUAAAAUAUAUCAUUCAGGAGCGCACUAGGCUUGUGGAUUAUUUGUUCAUGCUGUUAAGAACAAGCAACAGAUGGCUCUUUGCAGACAGAGGAUUGGGGCCUCAACAUGGAAAUAUGUGAUAUCAUUAAUGAGACUGAGGAGGGACCAAAAGAUGCAAUCAGGGCCUUGAGGAAGAGGCUUUCAGGAAACAAAAACUUUCGGGAGGUGAUGCUGUGCCUAACGGUUCUAGAAACUUGUGUGAAGAACUGUGGUCAUCGAUUCCAUGUCAUGGUGGCAAGUCGAGACUUUGUGGAGGAUGUACUGGUAAAAACUAUUCUCCCUAAGAAUAAUCCACCCACUAUCGUGCAGGAUAAAGUUUUGAGUUUAAUCCAGGCUUGGGCAGAUGCAUUCCGGAGUUCUCCAGACCUCACUGGGGUCGUGACUGUGUAUGAAGAACUGAGGAGGAAAGGGCUUGAGUUCCCUAUGACUGACCUUGAUGCAUUGUCUCCCAUUCACACGCCUCAACGAACUAUUCCCGAGGUUGACCCAGCAGUCUCUCAAAAUUCUUCCCCAGUGCAGCCAGCAAUGUUCCCGGUCUCUGAGCAGCCCAUUCCUGUGGUAUCCACAGAAGGUGGAAUCACUCCUUCCCUUGAACAGGUUGCGAAACUGCGCAGCGAACUGGAUGUUGUUAAUGGUAAUGUAAAGGUGAUGUCUGAAAUGCUGACAGAGAUGGUCCCAGGUCAAGAAGAUUCCUCCGAUCUUGAACUACUUCAGGAGCUGAACAGAACAUGUCGAGCAAUGCAGCAGAGGAUCCUGGAGCUGAUUUCAAGAGUCACUAAUGAGCAAGUGACAGAGGACCUCUUGCAUGUCAAUGACAACCUUAAUAACAUAUUUCUCCGAUAUGACAGGUUUGAAAGGUUCAGAACUGGACAGAAUACCACUAAUCGGGUGUCCAGUGGUUCAGAGAACACAGAUAAUUUAAUCAAUCUUACACCAAGCUCUCCAGCUGUUGUCACUCCAGUUACUGCCUCUAAUCUUUCAACACAGUUAGCAGGGCUCAGUAUUGCGGGAGAAAGUGUGAGUGGAACACUGAAGUCUUUGGAGGACAACAACCAUCCAAAAACUGACGAAGAAGAGUUCGACAUGUUUGCACAGACCAGAAGCAACUCAUUGGCUGACCAGCGCAAGAACGUAAAGUAUGAAGAACCACAGGCAAUUGAAGGACUGGCAGGGGCUUUGGAUACUCGACAGCAGAACACUGGAGCGACGGAGAAUAUAUUGAAUGAGCACACAAACAGAACAACGUUAGACAACUGGAUGUUAAACCAAGGAAUGAUUCCAGUCACUCAGAACAGUCUAAUGGAUGAUAUUGAACAGUGGCUGUCCACAGAUGUGAAAGGUGAAUUUGGAGAUGAUUCUGAAGGAGUAACAAGUGAAGAAUUUGAUAAAUUCCUGGAAGAGCGAGCAAAAGCAGCAGAACGGCUGCCAGCCCUCCCAUCACCUCCCACUGAGGCUCCUGGUUCCAUUACUAUAACCAAAAAGAAGAAGCAGGAAAAGGUGGAGGAUGCCCUCUUUUCACUGUGAUGCCUCGGGUCCACUCUCUGCCUGCCACCUUGAAUGAAGGAACACAUUGGGGCAGUCCUGUGCUGUCUGUCCCUCUCUCUGUCCCUCUCUCUGUCCCUCUCUCUGUCCCUCUCUCUGUCCCUCUCUCUGUCCCUCUCUCAAUCCACGCCUGUUGCUCCCAUACAGGGGACGGUACGAAAACAGAGUGCACAGACUUUCCUAUUUUAAAAUAUUUAUCCCGAAUGGCCACAGCUCCUAAAAUACGGAUAAAGUCAAGAUGUGACCCUUUGUUGAAGUUGUGGAGAUGCCAUCCAAUUACAGAAUGAUGCUGUGGGCUGACGGUACUUAGAAGUUCAAAAUAGGUGGUGUAAAAAUAAUUUAAACUGGAGAUCUGGGAGUACACUACUUUUUACAUGUAUCCUCCUCAAAAAUCCAUGUACAUUUUAUUGUUCUUUUGUAUGCUGAUAUGAAAAAUGAUUUCCAAGCAUUAACUUAUUCUGUUUUAAAUGCUUUAACACAAAAAUAGUGAUGUGUCAUAGGGGGGUUUGUGGGAAUGCUGGAGAAUAAAAGAUGGCGGUUACAAGUGAAGCAGUGGGUCACAAUCCACACUUUAGUCUGACUUAAGGGAGCUCUGAGGUAGAUUCUAUUGAUGUGCUACUUUUUUGGGGUGGGGGGAGAGGGGAGUUGGAGGUGGAGUGUACAUCUUUAUCCUCUUGUCUAUGCAAUGAGACUUUUCCUUCCUUCUACAAGCUUUAAAAAUGGAGCACGUCCCUGGCUGUAAGCAGAGAUAUCAAAGCUGUGGAAAUUGUAGGGUUGCCAAUGUUCCAGAUUUGUCUUUGUGUUUCCAGGAAUCAGAGAUUUACCUCCAGAGAAAAGUACAGAAGACAUUAACCAAAUAGUGGGAGAUUGGUGGAGAAAACACACUUUGAUGAGUAGUCAAAAUUCAUUCAAUUAGACAUCAAGUUUGGUUCUUUUUCUUCAGCCAUGGGAAGGCAACGUCUGGAAGAUGCCCCAAUGACAGGAGUGUGGGAGCUCAUGUGAUGAAACCUACGGGAAAACACUGUCAUAGGGUUGCCAACUCUAAUUGAGGGGCCAAAUUGCACUUGGUGUCUUAAUUCUACAAUUCCUAGACCAAUUCUAGCGGUGUAGGAAGGGAAGAGAAUGUAUAAUUUAGGAAAAUAAUUUAAUGCAAAAUCAAUAAAAAUGAUUUUUCUGGGCAUUGGCUCACACAGAAAUUUCUAGUGUUUUAGACCUCUUAGUAAAACUCAUCUCUCCUUAUCUAUGGGUGUGUAACCAUGCAAAUAUAUUCCUGGCUAAGAUUCCGCAACAGUGUGCUGGGCCUUGUGUUUUCGAUGUUGUUCAGUGCAGUAACUUUACACUUCUGCGUCUGUACAUUUGGUAAAUGUAACUAUUCAAAAUUGUCCAAGGUAUUAUUUGUGUUGACCAUUCCUUCUGUGUUGUUUAGAGUUUUGUAUACUUCUGGCUUGGAAGAAAUCCUUCCAUCAAAUGUUCAAAAGAUUACUCUGAAGAACCAUCCCAUUUUACAGAAAGAUAUGGAGGCACUGGAUAAAUUGCUAUAAAAAGUUUAUAAGAAUGAUUGCAGAACUGAAAGGGUGUAAUUAUCAGGAAAUCUGAACGAGUUGAUAAGUUUGUGCAGGUAGGGUUUGUUGAAGUGGAAUAGGAGAAUUUUUGUGUGGAGUGUAAUUGGUUGGCCAAAGGACCUGCUUCUGUCUGUCAAUCGGAACAGUCAAGAAUUACUGAAUAAUCGGAAAAGUUAUUCAUCAAAUCAACAUUUUUCAGUCUUAGAAACUGAUUUCCCUUUCACAAGUUGGCACUUGUUUUGUAAUCCUGAAAAUUUAGAACAUAUUCUAACAUUUGCAUGCAGAAUCUUGAGGUAAGCUUGCACUUAAAAUAAUGACCAGUUCCCCUUUUCAAUAAACUACACAUCACUGAAAAAAAAUAGAAUUUGAGAUUGAUUCUUGUUUCAGGGCUGAUCCAGCAGAAUCUAGAAUUCCAGCCAGCUUUUACAUUAAGAAAUUUGCCUUCAACACUAUUGCUGGAGAGAACCUAUGACUAAAGACCCAGAGUAAAAUUUGCUGUUUCUUGAUUAAUUCAGGAUGUAUAUUACACUUUUUAAUAGAAAUAACUUAAAACAUGCAAUCAUAAGUAAUAUGACAUCUAACCUAUCCUCCACUUAUUGACAGAAUCUUAUGCCAAUAAGGAUUUAUUGAAGCAUUUUUCAUGUUGAUUUGAUAGUCAGAUAUUUGCAGCUUUUUAUUGGUUGAUUAACCAAGGGUCAGUAUUUCUACAAAACUGCAGUUACAGAGAAUGAAUGGCUAUUUUUGAACCUUGAUAGUUUAUGCAAUCAAAACAGAAAUUGAAUAAGAUCCACAUUGUACAUAACUUACUCUGUGCAAAUUGGCCAUUGUGUUUUCCUACUUGAGUGAUUAUUGUGUUUAAUUAGCAAAGGAAUAUCCUAAAGUCAUGAAAGGUACUAUUUAAAUGCAAUUGUCUACCUUUAGCGAGUUUGAUUUCUAAAACCUAACAGCUGGAAUUUGACAGUGAAUUAACAUGCGUUAAGCAUUAAAAAGCAGUGUCUCAAAUUUAGUUUCAGAUUUAGUAUUUGAAAUACUUUAGAUAAUUAAAUGGGUGUGAACAAGCUUUCCUUGAAUGACAAUCUGAAUUAUCUGCUUUUAACUGGCAUUAACUCCGACUAAGCAAAAUGUAAACUCUGUUCUUUGAGCUGCUUCUCUCUUCUCCACCGACACCCCCCCUUCUUAAAACACACUGUCCUGUGUCAAUCAUGGCAUGUUUUGUUCACCAAAAGAUAGUUGUGCUGUUUGAAACAUGUUUUUUUUUCUAUAAAUGUGGAGUAUUUUAAAAAUUGGGUUUUGUCACUUUCUCAGCAGACUUCACAAAAUUUCUCUACAAAUCUUAAUGAAUAAAGCAAUUUAUUUAUGGUGUGAUGAAAUGCA